GCAUAAUGGGGAACAAGUGUGGGGGUUGUGACAUGGGUUUGGGCAGGUUUUUUGGGUGAUUGUGUUCGGCUACAACAAGGGAAAAGGGGGCUGGUUGAUUAGGCCAUUAUUGGGAUUGUGAUUAUUAAUCUAAAGUGGGUUCAAAAGAUGGGGUAAUGUGUGGGUUUUGGGUUUGGGAAUUUCGGCCAAAGGUGAGGGCAGAAGAGGAGGGUUGGGUUGUGUUUUUAAAGGUUGAGUCGGGCUUAUGGCCCUUCGUCUCCAAGAGCCGCACCUCCUUCAAUCCCACCUAUGUCCGGGCCUUCUACUCCAAUCUCCACCGGGACGGGGACAUCAUUCGCAGUAGCAUCAAUCUCUACGACAUAGAGAUUGAUUUGGCUACCUUUGCUCGGGUUGCAGAGCUGGCUACCCGCGGUGACGACAUAGAGUCGUAUGGUGGCGACGACUGGAUUCUCAACAACGAGGCCGUCGUCAUCCGAGAGCUCGGGAUCACAAACUUGAUCCGUCACAGCGGCGCACCAACGAUUCACUCGGCUCCACAGGAGAAGCGCCUCCUUCUCUACAUCCUCACUCGGAUUCUCCGCCCCCGGGAUGGUAGCCACACCUCGCUCUUCAACGACGACUUGAGGGCAAUUCAAGUGAUCAUGCACGGCGCCUCCAUCAAUUGGGAAAAAUACGUCAUGAUUCACAUGGCAGAUUCAGCCUCCAUCACCACCGAACGGAGCUUGCCAUACGCCUUCCUCGUCAUGGACCUUAUCGUCUCCGCCGACAUCCACAUCGUCGGGCCAAGCACGAAGAUGACGAAGCUCUGGGUCAUUGCCGACAACACCUUUAGGAAGAAGUCCGGAAACCGUAACGGCGCCGGAACGAGUCGUGCCCGUGCCCCUGAACCUGCCCCCGCCCCCGCUCCCGCUCGGGCCUCAUUGCAGUCAAUAGCCGACACUCUGAAUCGGCUAACUCUCACAGUGGACGGCAUGGGGCAGUACAUGGAGAGGAUGGACUGGACACUGCAACACCAACACCACGACAUGAGGGCGUUCUUCCACGGCAUCAACUACGUCCCGCCGCCCUUUGACAACACCUUUCUCGGCCAAAACUAUGAAGGUGAGGACGAGGAGGAUAACUCCUAUGCUCCGUCCUCCUCCCCCGACAAGGCCGACUUUGAGGACGCGGUCGAUGGGGAUCCCAUGGACGUCGAGGAUGACGAUGACACCGAGGACGAGGACGCCGAUCCCUAGACUCUUCCUUUCCUUCAUUUCCCUACUUUCAUUGCAUUUUUUAUUUCAAUUCCAUUGUAUUCCGCAUUUUCUCCUCUUUUAAUGAAUAAAAGUUUACUUU